GCACCUGGGUAAUCGAGGAAACUCAAGAGAUUCUUCUCCGUAGCUAACAGUAGCUAGCCGGCUAAUCUCCUGCACAACGCAGUUGUGGUUGUUUUAUUUCCCGUUUCAAUGUCCGUGUGUUUUUGUCCUUUAUAUAACAGUAAUUUUCUCAUACGCCGUGAGUGACAAAAGUGAGGCAGACACCGACGGACAAGUUUAAAUACGCUGGAUGUUUGGCCACUGUUGCUUUCUCCCAGGAUGCUAGCACAUAAGCAAACCAGCUAGCUAGCCAACCUGCUAAAGUAGCCAAAUAGCAGCAGUGUCCGGAUGCUUUGAACAGCAACGCAGCGGAUUUUGGUGGAGUUUCUAGUCGGCCUUGCAUGAUGUCAAGCAACCGGCCACAGCAAAGCGCCGGCGGGGCGAGUUCAGUGCCCAGCACAAGUAGCAGCAGCAGCAGCACAGGAGGCAUUGGGAACACGAACGGUGGCGGUGGGAGCAACGCCGUCACAAGUAAUGGUAACAAUUCUGGAAAUGUUGUGCCCUCCCGGACAGCCAGCGAGGGCGGCUUGUCGGUGCCAAGUUUGGCCGCCGUGCCGUCGUCCCGGAGCGGGUUUGCCUCUCUGAGCAGACCCUCUGCGUCCUCAGGCAGCAGAAAGAAAUCCCUCCAUCAAGCACCCCUUUACAACGGCCUCUUAAAUUCAUACGAAGAUAAAAGCAACGACUUUGUCUGCCCAAUUUGCUUCGAAAUGAUCGAAGAGGCACACAUGACAAAGUGUGGGCACAGUUUUUGUUUCAAGUGCAUCCGACAGAGUUUGGAGGACAGCAACAGAUGUCCAAAGUGUAACUAUAUUGUCGAUAAUGUGGAUCAGCUUUACCCAAAUUUUCUUGUAAAUGAACUGAUCCUGAAACAGAAACAAAGGUCGGAGGAAAAGAGACUAAAAUUGGAUCAUCCUAAUGGGUCUAGGUGGCAGGUGUUCCAGGACGUGUUGAGUCCUGACCAGGAGAACUUGGACCUGGCAAAUGUCAAUCUGAUGCUGGAGCUUCUGGUCCAGAAGAAGAAGCAGCUGGAAGCGGAAUCCCAGGCAGCUCAGAGACAGAUCCUCAUGGAGUUCCUUAAAGAGGCCAGGAGAAACAAGAGAGAGCAACUAGAGCAACUACAGAAAGAGCUCAACUUUCUUGAAGAUGACAUUAAGCGUGUCGAGGAAAUGAGUGGCCUGUACUGUCCAAUGAUGGAGGCAGAGUGCACGGUGCCUAAUGUUGAAGCUCCCUCACCAGCGCCCAGCUGCAGUAGUAUUAUUGAGCCACCAGACUACAGCCAGCCUCCAGGUUUUGGUGGAACAACCCAGGGUAAAAGACAGACCUGGUACAACAGCACUCUUGCGUCAAGGAGGAAGAGGCUGACAGCUCAUUUUGAGGACCUGGAACAGUGCUACUUCUCCAACAAAAUGUCACGUAUCACAGAUGAAGGCAGGAAUCUGAACCAGCUGGAUGAUUUUAUGGAGUGUCUGUCUAAGUUUACACGCUACAACUCUGUGCGGCCGCUCGCCACCCUCUCUUAUGCCAGUGACCUGUAUAACGGCUCCAGUAUUGUCUCCAGUAUUGAGUUUGACCGAGACUGUGACUACUUUGCCAUCGCCGGUGUGACAAAGAAGAUCAAGGUGUUUGAGUAUGGCACAGUGAUCCAGGAUGCUGUGGACAUCCACUACCCUGUUAAUGAGAUGACCUGCAAUUCCAAAAUCAGCUGUAUCAGCUGGAGCAGCUAUCAUAAAAACCUUCUGGCUAGCAGCGACUAUGAGGGCACUGUCAUACUGUGGGAUGGAUUCACCGGCCAGAGGUCCAAAGUCUACCAGGAACACGAAAAAAGGUGUUGGAGCGUUGACUUCAACCUGAUGGACCCUAAGCUGUUAGCCUCUGGUUCUGAUGAUGCUAAAGUUAAGUUAUGGUCAACCAAUCUUGACAACUCUGUCGCCAGCAUCGAGGCUAAGGCUAAUGUCUGCUGUGUGAAAUUCAGUCCCACCUCCAGGUAUCAUCUGGCCUUCGGCUGUGCAGACCACUGUGUCCACUACUAUGAUCUACGGAACACUAAGCAGCCAAUCAUGGUGUUCAAAGGCCACAGGAAGGCUGUGUCCUAUGCCAAGUUUGUCAACGGAGAAGAAAUUGUUUCUGCCUCAACGGACAGUCAGUUGAAGCUGUGGAACGUCAACAAACCUCACUGCCUGCGCUCCUUCAAAGGUCAUAUCAAUGAGAAGAAUUUCGUAGGCCUGGCUUCCAAUGGAGACUAUGUCGCCUGUGGCAGUGAAAACAACUCCCUGUACCUGUACUACAAAGGACUUUCCAAGACACUGUUGACAUUCAAGUUUGACACAGUGAAGAGUGUCCUGGACAAGGACAAGAAGGAGGACGACACCAAUGAGUUUGUCAGUGCGGUCUGCUGGAGAGCCCUACCUGAUGGAGAGUCAAAUGUACUGAUUGCUGCAAACAGUCAAGGAACAAUCAAGGUACUGGAGCUUGUCUGAUGGCGCACCAUAUCAUCAGUGUGUGAUCGAAUCAGCCUCUGUUUGUUUGGUAGAGGAUCAGUCUGAUGCAGGAGGAGCCCAGGCUGCCUGCUGAACAAGGAUAUCCGACAACAGCAGGAGAGCUGAUAUAAACUGAACCUGUCUUAUUUUAAUGAGCUCCAGCAGAAAGACUGUGGACCAGUACAUCAGUAUAGCAGGAGAAGAUGUGCUGUCUUUUUACAGCAAAGAAACAAGGACCUUGCUCGGGCACAAAUGGAACAAGAGACUUUAGAAAACAUUUUAGUUUCUUUUCAGUAAAGUUAUAUCGGCUACUAUAGAACGCCUCUUUAUGGUUUUAGGUCAAAUCAAAACUUGUUCCUUUUUUUAAUUGAGCUGCUCCUCUUGAGGGUACAGCCAGCCAAACGCUACUAGUGUGAUGCAUUUUUCCUUUUAAAGGCCAAAGCACAAACAAAAUGACAUGCAAAAAUGAUGUCUUCACAUGAAGCUUUUAACCCCCCCCCCCAUUGUUUGUCAACCACCUGUUUUUCCCCCUUUACAUGUAGUUUUUGUGUUUUUCAGAUUGGGAGAAAUCAGUUUUAAUAAAUAUGACUUGAAUUUCAUUCUGUCAAGCGUAUCGUUAGUUUCUUUUCCGGCUUACAAGUGUAGAAUGUGAGUAAUUGUACGGAGGUCAAGGAUCAUGGAAAUGUUGAUGUUUCUGUAUCUGUCGGAACAAAAUGAGAUUUGAUGUGUUUUCCUUUGAUCACAGCAAUUCUCAUGUAACUUAAGGCAUUGUUCUGCAGUGCUACAUCGAACUGGAUUAUUUUUCCACGUGUAUGUGAGCUGUUUGUUGCUUGUUGAAAAAUGAGAACCUCAGAAUCAGAUUUAGUUCUUUUAAAGUAGCAAUGGAAUUACUCUUCGCAUACUGUACAUCUACGUUUUUAACUCCACACAGACUGCUGUCGGUUUCUGUGGAGGGGUGAUCCGUGUUGACAACAUUGACAUUGAGAGGAUUUGGUAAAACACCGCCAAGACCUAUUUUAUGAUAACUGAGUGAGAGAGGUGUUUUGUAUUUGUAUAACUGAAUAAA